AUGCACAGCAGCAAGCGAGGGGAUCGCUGUGCCAGUGUGCAGGAGUCAGGGCUCUGCAUCUGGGCUCAAGGCUGCAAAGUUCCCGUGUUUGGGCAGACGGAGAGGCUGUCCCCGGGGCGCGCGGGGCUCGAACGUGGGGGCUCCAUCCUUCUCCUUUCCCCGCCUCCCUCUCCCCUGCCGGGCCGGGCCAUGCCCCCGGCCCGCCCCCGGCCCUGGGCGGGGCUGCCCCGUGCCCGGCCCCGGCCGUCCCGCCGCGGUCUCGCCUCCGCCCGGCUCUGGCCGUACUGGCGGUGGCGCUGCUGGGCGGGCAUCAGUGCCUGGGGCCGGGGCAGGCUCCAGUCCCGACCCCGGCCCCGGCCCCGGCCCCGGCUCCUCCCGGGGCCCGCGGAGGACACACGAAGCGUGGCCGCUCCCGCCACCUCCGCUGCGGCUUCCCCAGCCCGAGCUCCGCCGCUCGGCAGCGCGGCCUCUGGCCCCAAGCUGCCGGGGCCCGGGGCGGGUGGAGAUGCCGGGCCCGGGGCAGGUGAGGGGCACUCGGGGGCCGUUGCUGGCCCCGGGCCGAGCGCUGACAGCCGCGUCCCGCCCGCAGGGAAGGCGCAGGAGGCCCUGCAGGAGCGGCACCGGCUGGGUUCGCUGCUGGGGCGCAGCGGCUUCGGCAGUGUCUUCACGGCCACGCGGCUUUCGGACUGCGCCCCGGUGGCCAUCAAACGCGGGCCGAGGGAUAGCAUCCAGCACUGGGCGAGGUGUGACAGCGCACCCCUGGAGAUCGUGCUGCUGGCCAAGGUGUCCUGUGGCUGUGGUGGUGUCAUUCAGCUCCUGGAGUGGCUUGAGCUCCCCGACAGCUUCCUGCUGGUGCUGGAGCGUCCGGAGCGGUGCCAGGAGCUCUCGGGUGUCCUGGCGGAGCGGGGGUUCCUGCCGGAGGAGGAGGCGCGGGCGCUGUUCCGCCAGGUGAUGGAGGCCGUGCGGCACUGCACCAGCUGCGGGGUCCUGCACCGGGACAUCAAACCCGAGAACAUCUUGCUCGAGCUGGCUAGCGGGCAGAUGAAACUCAUCGACUUUGGCUGUGGCGCCUUCCUCCAAGACACAGCCUACACCCAGUUUGCAAGAACCCUGUUCUACAGCCCACCAGAGUGGAUCCAGCCCCAACGCUACCACGGCGAGGCAGCCACGAUCUGGUCCCUGGGCCUCCUGCUGUGCCACCUGGUCAUGGGGAAGCACCCGUUCAGGAGAGGCCAGGAGAUCAUCCAGGGGCGAAUCUUGUUCCCACGAUGGCUCUCUCAAGAGUGCCAGGAUAUCAUUAAGAGGUUUUUGUCCAUGCAACCCUUGGACAGACCAUCCUUAGAAGAUCUUUUCUGUCAUCCUUGGGUGAAGGGUGUUCCUCUGCCCUAG